AUGAAUAUAGAUUCUUCAAUUUGUAGUCCUCAAUUGCCAUCUAUUUCUUCAAUUGAUCAUGAAGUUGAUACACUUGGUGCAGGAAUAGAAAGCGGCCGCCAGUUUCAGAUCAUCGGCGGUGAUCUCCAUUACUUCCGCAUUCAUCCCCAGUAUUGGGAAGAUAGACUUUUAAGAGCGAAGGCAUUGGGAUUGAAUACUAUUCAAACUUAUGUGCCUUGGAAUUUACAUGAGCCGCUGCCUCAAAAAUGGGUUUUUGAGGGUAUGGCAGACAUGGAAGCAUUCCUCAAGCUUGCACAUAAACUGGGGUUUCUUGUCAUGCUUCGUCCGGGGCCAUACAUAUGUGGAGAAUGGGAUUUGGGAGGUUUUCCAUCUUGGCUACUUUCUGUUGAACCAGCCAUCAGGCUGCGGUCAUCAGAUCCUUCAUUCCUUCAAUUGGUCGAAAGAUGGUGGGGGAUUUUACUUCCCAAAGUAGCUCCAUUACUCUAUGAAAAUGGAGGUCCCGUAGUUAUGGUUCAGGUCGAAAAUGAGUUUGGAUCAUAUGGAGAUGACAAGGCAUAUCUUCAUCAGCUUGUGGCUUUGGCUAGAAAACAUCUUGGGGAUGAAAUAAUAUUGUAUACCACAGAUGGCGGCACUAAAGAUACACUUGACAAGGGUACCAUUCCUGGUGAAGGCGUAUAUGCAGCUGUUGAUUUUUCAACUGGUGAAGAUCCCUGGCCUAUAUUUGAGUUGCAGAAGAAGUAUAAUGCACCUGGAAAAUCACCUCCUCUAUCAGCAGAAUUUUAUACAGGAUGGCUUACACAUUGGGGAGAAAAGAAUGCAGAGACUAAUGCUGAUACUACAGCUGCUGCCCUACAGAAGAUCCUGUCUAGAAAUGGUUCUGCAGUGCUCUAUAUGGCUCAUGGUGGAACUAAUUUUGGAUUUUCCAGUGGUGCAAAUACUGGUGAUGAUGAUUCUGAUUACAAACCUGACCUUACUUCGUAUGAUUAUGAUGCACCAAUUAGAGAGUUCGGCGGUGUGGACAAUCCAAAAUUUAAAGCGUUGAGACGUGUGAUUGAGAAAUACAGUGAUGCAACUCUUCCUCAGAUUCCUUCCGAAAAUGAUAGAACAGACUAUGGGCUCGUUGAAGUCAAAAAAACUACUUCGUUGUUUGGUGUCCUUGAUGUUUUAUGUGAUCCUGUGGAUGUGGUUCAAUCUGAAGAGCCCAUGACAAUGGAGUCAAUUGGCCAGAUGUUUGGGUUUUUGUUAUAUGUAUCAGAGUAUAGUGGAAUAUCCACGGGUAGCAUUCUCUCUAUCCCAAAGGUUCAUGAUAGAGCACAAGUAUUUGUCUCAUGUGCAUCAGAAGACGGAGAAAGUCCAAGAUAUGUAGGUAGCAUAGAGAGAUGGUCAAACAGGGCACUUGUGAUUCCUAACAUCAAGUGUUCGUCGAAUAUCAGCUUACAUAUUCUGGUGGAAAACAUGGGUCAUAUCAAUUAUGGGCAAUACAUGUAUGAUAAGAAGGGAAUACUGUCUUCUGUUACAGUAGAUGGUAUUAUUCUCAGACUGUGGAAGAUGUAUCCAAUUACUGUUAACAAUUUGAACAAUCUUUUUAAAGACAACCCAAUCAUGCAAGUUGCAGAUUCUGGGAAUGAUGAGAGAUCUACCCACCAUAUUUUAAAAGAUAACAUUUCACCAGAGCCAAGAUUUUAUGAAGGCCGCCUUUUUAUUGAUUCAGAAGACCAAAUUAAAGAUACAUUCAUAUCAUUUCACGGUUGGAAUAAAGGGGUUGCUUUUGUGAACAACUUCAAUAUCGGAAGAUUUUGGCCGACAGUCGGGCCCCAGUGCAAUCUUUAUGUUCCUGCACCAAUCCUUCGACUUGGGGAAAAUGUCGUGGUUAUUCUAGAGCUACAUGCUCCUAAGCCAGACCUCACAAUCAGUUUUGUCAAGGAUCCAGAUUUCACGUGUGGAUCCUCGUAGUGUAGAGAAUACAAUAAGGGGUGUUCUGUGUAAGCGGAAAGAAAAUAAGUGAAUCCCAAAAUUGAGCCGCAGUAAUUACUCAUCCACUGGGAAAAGCUGUGAAGGUCAGUACCUGGCAAGAAAUAGUGGUCGAUAAUUGCUUAAAUUACACAUCCACUGCAAAAGAUUGGAAUAUUGCGGCCCCAAAAGUUGCAUUAUUACUGUUUAGAGUUGAUAGUGAGAAUGAGCUUCCGUAGUUUAGUUCAGCAAUUCUUGCUAAUAAUUCGGCUCAUUACAACCUUUGGCAUAUGUUACUUUCAAGUUUACACUGUUUAUACCUGGAAGAAGAUUGAACGUAUGAUUCAUCCACUGUAGAGCCUUGCUAUUUUAUGAUUUGCUCUUGUUUCGUCAAUAUAAGCGUUAUCAUUCUACGUUGAACUUUA